GGACUCAUAAACUGUAGUAGAGCCAAUUUUUAUUUUAAGUCUUGGAGCCCUAUUUCUCAUGGUUUUUGGCCCCCAUAAAAUUCUGUCUUUUGAGGGAACUUUCCUUAUGUUGUAUGUCUCUCCCAUAGACUUUCCCCAUCCAAUAUUUCCACAUUACACCAACGGCCCAACAUAUUUACUUACAUCAAAAGCAGUUCAAGCAAUAAUGAAUCUUACAGAGAAUGUUCACGCUUUCCCAAUUGAGGAUGUUCUUUAUACUGGAAUUUUGGCCAAUUUAGCUAAUGUUAAAAAAUUUAGUAUUUGGGAACACUUUAGAAUUGGAAAACAUGUAAAUAGGCUCAAUCUUCAUGAGAAAUGCAAAGUAGAAAAGAAGACAGGCAAAAGAAUUCCCUAUGUUACUGCUAUUAAUGGAAUUUCUGAUGCAAGUGGAAUUAAAAUUGCCUAUGAAAGACUUCACUCUGUUGAAUGUACUCCUUGGUUUUCUUCCAAACAAACGAAAAGGUUUUGA